AUGGAGGACCGAGACCAAAGCUGUGGGGAUAUAAAUGCGGUGAGUGUUGACAUCCUCUUCGGGGACGCUCAUGGCUCGAAUUCUCAUCUUGACAACGGCCUGCAGUCUAUGUCAUUUCAACAGGAUCCAGGAGAAACGGCCCCCGAAACGCUCUCCGAGUACAUGGACGGGCAGAACAGUCCACCAGACCUUCUCGCAGACGACGACGAAGGAUACGGUGAUGGUGCGAGCAGUCCUACACCUAGCUCAAUGACAAUAGACUCAUCUGUCUAUAUGGGAACCUGGGAAAACGAGCGGUGCUAUCCAAGUUAUGGUCGCCACGAGUACGGCCUGCCUAUUGAUUUAGAUGAGCAGAAAAGGAUGGAGUUGCAGCAUGCGAAGCAUGAGCUCAUCCUGGGAAGACAUUAUCUGGCACCGAUCGGACCUGCACCCCAAAGAAUCCUCGAUCUAGCAACGGGAACAGGACUCUGGCCAAUAGAAGUCGCAGAUCAGACGCCAUCAGCUCAGGUCAUUGGCGUUGAUGUGGCAUCCAUAGCACCAUCGCUUGUCCCUCCAAACUGCUCCUUCGAAAUUGACGAUAUUGAGCAGACUUGGAGCUGGCCCAAAGAUAGUUUUGAUUUCAUCCAUUUACGGGAGCCUCUGUUCUGUAUCCGAGAUUGGGACCGGUUAUUCACUCAGAUGUAUACUCAUCUACGACCAGGGGGCUGGGUUGAAAUCGCUUGCACUUACAUGCGGCCAGUCCGCAAAGGUGGAAGACUUGCUGUCAAUUCUGAGUUUACACGAGCGUGCGACCAGCUCAUGCAAGCGUCUGAGGCGUUUGGAACUUCAUCGAGGUUUCCUCCACACCUCGCCGCUGACCUCCGCAACAAAGGUUUCGUGAACAUCGUCGAGAAUGUCUUCGAAACCCCGACUACUCCAUACGCGGCCACCGAGGUAGAACAAAAGAUUGGUUUGCUGGAGAUGUUAAGCCUGGAGUUUGGGACACCUUCGAUUGGAUUACGAAUGAUGGAGAGAUCAUUCGGUUGGUCCAAAGAGCAAACGGAAACGCAACUGAGUACUUUCAAGAAGGGCGCAAGGACGCUCAGGAGAGGGGCUUAUUUUCAGUAG